GUCUCGAGAGAGCGGUGAGUGAUUUACCGCGAGGAGGAGCUACGAAGGAACGAGUAGUCGCCUAAGAUGCCGCUUCCGAAGCGACUGGUGGAGCCUGUGCACGUGGCACGCGGCACUAUCCCUGAGGAAUUUUCAGUGCCAUCGGAACUCGAGGCAGCCACCAAUGGCACCUUAGCCAACACUAUCAGACAACUUUCUAGCUUGUCGAGGCACGCCGAGGAUCUAUUCGGCGAAUUGGCGAGAGAAGCGCACGGAUUGAGCGAUCGAGCGAAUUCCCUGCAGGCUAGGAUAGACCGUUUGGCCGUGAAGGUCACUCAAUUGGACAGUAACGUCGAGGAAGUCUCGUUGCAAGAUAUACACAUGAGGAAAGCCUUCAAGAGUUCCGUGGUGUUUGAUCAGCAAGUCGUCUCCAGGGAUACCAUGCCGACGGCAAUGCGGGAGACGUAUCGUCAGUGCGACAUGCCGCCGCCUCUGCACAAGCUUAAUAUUUAUAGGGAGGAUGGUAAGGACGGCUUGAAGUUCUACACUGAUCCGAAUUACUUCUUCGACUUGUGGAGUCAAGAAAUGCUCAAAGACACGGAGAAGAAACUGCACGAUCGAGGAAAAAAGAGCGAGUCUGAAUAUGCCGAACCGUUCAGAGAGCCACACAGGCCUCGGAAUGAGGGUGGUGGCGGAGGUGGCGGCCGGCACAAGAAGCGUGUGAGACAGCCACAUAAUACGAGGGAACGACAACGGCAACUGGCUGUUGGCCAUGGCGAGUAUAUCAUGCCGACGCAGACAGUACAGUACAGGGCGCCGCACAAUGUACAACCUGAUGACGCGCUGCUGGGAAUAGUAAUGACGGAUCCCAGACCGCCUAGGCCCAACAGCAUUGAACUUCGACGAAGCUACCCUCCAGAGGAACAGCAUCUGUACAGCCCGCCGUCUUCUGAUCUCUACAGAGGAACAAACUAUAUGACUCAGGGUGACUACGACGAUAAUCCAUACGGUUCGCAUUACGCUUCGGGUCAAGCGCCAGCAGGCAGCGAAGCGUAUCAGAGUCCCGGCGGUCAGAGCACUCCAAGUCGGGGUGGCAGAUCGCGGCCGUCACAGCCGCCACCGGCGCCACCGAGCAACGCUUCCAGCAAUUCCACGCCCACGGUAGCAUCCGCCAACAAUACUCCUACCAGGGGAAGAUCCAUGAGCACCGGCAGGGACACCCUGCCGCCGCCUCCACCGCCACCAGGAGAAACCAUGUCUCCUCCUUCCAUGAAUGGUUCCAUACCGCCGCACUUGCUGAAUAGAAGCGGAAGUCGUUCGGACAGUCCUUUGCCAAGCCAACGUUCGACGCCAACGCCGCCAAAUCAUUCAGGCCAAUUAGGUGCGGACGAAACAGAUCCAGCGCCUCAGGAUCUUCCGCCACCUCCGCCCACUCCGGAUCCUACCCCGCCAAGACCUAUCUCACCUCCGUGCAACAUCCCGCCACCUCCACCACCGCCUCCUCCUCCACCGGUCGCCAAUGGAUCCACGGCACCAUUGCCAUUGACAAACGGCGACAUCGCGAAAAUGAUAGCGACCAAUCCUCCGAAGCUAAAGUCUGUGAAGAAUAUCGUAGAUGGCCAACUAAGGAAACCUGUCAACCCGAAUAUCCCAAUAGUCGACCCUCGAAACGACUUGCUCAAGGCAAUACGUGACGGCAUAAAGCUACGCAAGGUAGAGAAGAUCGAACAGAAAGAGGUGGAACGCGUGAACGCGCUCAACGACGUCGCGUCUAUCUUGGCGCGCCGUGUUGCUGUCGAGUUCAGCGACAGCGACUCUGCCUCGGAGAGCGAAUGCGACAGCGAAGGAUGGGGCGAGCAGGAGAGUAAUCUGGCGUGACCCAACUCUCUAUCAUCCGCCGCCGUUACUGCCUCCUAAAGAAACAACUGACGAUUAAUUCGUUUUGAUGCUCGGAUACCACUAAUAUCUCUGGCGCUGUAGCGAGCCGAUCUAUUUUGUUUCUCGUUUCGUAUCUCGUAGUCGAUAUUUCACUUCUGAGGAAUCGCAAAAACGUGUGCUUUAAACAUGGUGUAUUCAGAGUUCCGAAUUUUCAGGAUUACUGAAAGUCUUGAAUUAUAAAAGCACAGUUCUGCACGAUCCUCUCAACGGAGAUCAGUUGUCAUGGAGAAUGUACAGGUACGAUUUUAAUUUAUUAUCGCUCACAAACGCUUCGACAAACGAAGACAAUGUAAAUUUUGUUAAGAGAAAUAAUUAUUUGCUCCCUUCAUCGCGUUAUAGAGAAAAAUUGAAAUGAUGUCGACAUUCAACAUCAUUUCGUUAUUUCCAUUAAACAUUGAAAAAUUAUUCUAUAAAGACACAAAAUAUCACUUAAUUAAAAAUAGUGGAAGUGUAUUAAGUUUCUAAAAAGGAUUCUUGAAAAACUUUUGAAUUUUGUCGAUUUCAUGGAAUUGUCAAUGAUGAAUUCGUCGUCUUUUCUGUCUCACAAGUCAAUCCGCGAUGAAUCGACUGUCAGCCAAUUAGUCGAUAAAGCAAUAGCACCGUUUAGUUUAAAUCACUUUGUUCUUAGGACGUCUUCAAAGACAUGUUAUUUGCGGCCAAUUGCGAGCGUAGUCUGAAUCGCGAUUUGAGUUUUGAGUGCAGCGAACGGAGCACUCGUAAACUCGUGAAAAAAAAAAACAAUGCGAUCACGCACUAGUUAAUAGUGUAAUUCGUAGAGCCAGGUUAUAGAUCCUGAAAUAAAAUCCUGAAAAAGGUGGCUGACAGGUUGAACGCCACGCUUAUAAUGUUUUUAAUAACAUGCUCUUUAAAUUAAAAUACCUUCCGCAUAUUUCCGGUUUGUACGACUGUCUCACAAAGAUCACAAUUUAGAUAUUACAACUAUUGAUAAAUAUAUAGUAACUUAUACAUAUAUAUUAUUUUAUAUGUUAUCGCAUUAUAUAUAAUCACUGUAUAAAUUCAUCUACAUCAAGAAAACAAACAUUUCUAUAAAUUUAUAUGAAUUUUCGGGACGGAGAAAUAUAAGAAAUGUAAUAUAAAGGGAUAUUAAACUAAUUAUUAGAUUUCUACACGCAUAAUCCCGAUAUUUAUAAAUGAAACAUAAUUCUGGUCAUGAUAAUGGGGUGCGAGGCGUUCAGACUGUCGGCGGAAAUAUGCGCACACAGAGAAAGUGAACAUCGACUUGCCGAAGUCGUAGCUCAUCAGGUAGAACGACUUCCUUCCCGCGGCACAUUCCAUAACGACGCUGUACGACGAUGCAUGGCGAUCGUUCACUCACAUAUACACACACACACAUAGACACGUACACACAUAAAUAAAAUAAUAUAAAGAUAAUAGUAAUAAUAAUAUAUAAGCGUCUCUACUUACCCCAUAGACGAGCGCUCCGCGUUAAGUGCGUCACAUCAUCGACAAGACGACGCGAGUUAAACCAAAAGUGCGGAGGGCUGGGUCUCUCAAGCGGGACUGUAAGAUAGAAACCUUAAUACCGAAGCUCCUCUUUCGUAUUCUUGUCGCGAGAGUCCUCCGGAAUUUUCUCAUCCUCUAUCGUUUCCGAGCUGCGAGCUUCCAUGUCACAACGCUGAUAAGAAUGCGCGAGGCGAUGCGAAAGUAAUCAUUCUUGUUUUACGGAUACACUGAAACCGGAAUUCAUAGUCGUAAAUAAUUUUCAAGCUUUGAUUAAGAGUGUUAAUUACAGGAUCACAUUCAUAGAUCAACUAUUUGAACUUUGAAUUGUUCUUGUAAAAAUUAAAUAUAAAGAUUGGCGAAUAAUCGUAGAUUUAUGAAAUAAUUAUUCUAAACUAUGAUUAUUUGAUAUCGAAUAAUGAUCGACUAUGAAUAUCGGUUUGGAUCUUUUAUCAUCGCUUUUUUUUUCCCGAAAACAGCGAUAUUCUUCCAUGCAUCUUCGUUGUAUGACAAUCACGCGUACAAUAAAUAUUUCAAUUUCUAAAGAGGAAAGAAAAUUGUUUUGUACUCGUACGGGGCGAUUACUUUUGCCGCGUCUUGUUGAGAAACCAAAAUACUUUGUUAAGCGUAGAACGACGCGAGGGAGGAAGGAAGGUGAUUAAUAUUUUUCGGCGUAUCCGUUAGCGUGCAACUCGAUGGGGAAGAAGACGAGAAGAGAGACGCGUAUGCAACAUAACGUAUUGUUGUUAACGACGCAGGAGUAUAGUUGCCAAUCGGAGGGUAAACGGGGAGGAAGAAAUACGAUUGUGAUUUAUUUUGCAUCGAUGUUGGCGAAAUGCGACGACGACGAUUCUAGAUAGGUCGGUAUGUAUACAAAUAGCUACGUACAUAUAUUUAAAUAUGUAUGUAUAUAUAUGUAUACACAGAUAUAAUUAUAUAUAUAUAUAUAUAUAAAUAUAUUAUAGAAUAUAUAAAGAUAUCGAUCGCGUUAAGAUUACCGCGAAGUUUCACGGCAGUGGCGAGAAAAACGAACGUUUUUUUCUCCGCCAUCUCCGCUGUUUCCCCCAAGAUCUGUAAAUUUUCUUGUACGUACUGCAAAUUCUUCUGUAAGUAACAAAAGCGACAAUGGGGCGAGCGAUUCUGUUGGACCAGGUAAAUGGACAUUCGAAGAGCUUGCUCAGAGGAAAGCUGGAUGAAUCCAGAAAUUCUGGCACCCUCCGUUAUCAUUUAGUCUUCUCACAGAAAAUAGUAAUCGAUUUUGAGUUUGUUUUCACAGAAAAUCCAGUAAAGUCAAUUUUUUUGUUGCGUUUCACAUUUUGUGUUUCUUUUUCAUUUUAGAAAGAUAAUUUUUAUCGCGAUUGAUUUGAACGAAUAAGCAUAAUUAUAUAAAAUUUGCUAUGAGAGGGCGAAAAAGCGCGCGAAUCAUCGACAACGAUGUGUGUACAUUUACAUGAGUCUUUGAACAUAACCGGGAAGUUAUAAUUACAGUGUAACAGUAAUCAACGAGGUUUGUUGAGACGCGAAAAGUGAAGUGCUCGACAUACAAUUCGAGCUUAACUGUAAUUUAUUUGGAAUUAGAAUGAAGUGGACCGGGCGAGUUGAAAAAAAAAAGGAAUCGCGCGUUUUCAUAUAGACUAAUCAAAACAAAUCAGUUAAUUUUAAUAUCCAAUUUAGGUAAUCAAAUAUUUCGCCUGUACAGCGAUCAACUCUCGUGUCAGCCGAAAGUGUCUCGCGAACGAAUUUACGUUUGUUAUAUUAUUUAUAUAUAUUUUCACAUUCAUUCACGGAAGUAAUUAAUGGACGGUGAUUUCAUUUAGCUUCCUAUAUGAAUUUUACUUCACGUCAGAGACGUCUACUUUGUAUUUGAGUAAUCCGUAUAUUUUGCGUACAGGAUGCGCCAACGACUCUCCCUCGACGACUCCCUAGAUAGACAUUUUUUUAUUUCUUAUAUUUUUUGAAAGUAUUUUUGGACCACAUGUGUCACGAAAACGUCAUCAGGGCACUUUUUACCAGAUGACCUGCACGGAGAUGUUGGCGCAUCCGGUAUAUGCGCAGCGCGCAAUGCAGAUCGAAACUAGACGUAGGAACACUAGACGUAAAGGAUAUUCUUAGCUAUCUCGCCAAUUUACGACACAGUAUUUAUCGGAGAUUUUUUCUAACAGGAAAAGAGGGAAUGGGGGCGAAGCGAAGGAGGCGAAACGGGCUUCUCUUUUGGAUGUAAGCUUCUCGAUAUCGUGCGAGUUUGUAUGAACGAAAUAAAUAUAGUUGUCACUCGUCUCAACCGCGCUUUCCGCAGGGGGUUUCCCGUAAAACUAAAUUAUUGUAAAGCCGUUGUGUACCUAAUGUCCACGGGUAUUCCAAAGCUUAUGUAAAACGAAGUGUAUGCUCGUGAUACAAAUAUAUAUUAUAUUUCGAGAAACGGUCGUCGGGAUCGAUCGGGAAUCGGUAAUGUUCGAGGGAUGAUGGAAGAAAUCUACGAUUCGUAGACGGAGAACGAAACUCCGAGACUCGCGAGAGAUCCAUCCAGGUUGCAAGAACGUAAUUUACCCACACCGUUACAAAUAUACGAUGGUAUUAUUAAUAAUAAUAAUAAUAAUAAAUUUGUAGCAAAUCUGUACAAAGCCAAAUAAAUCAAAAAAAUUUCGUAAA